GCCAUUUUCUAUUACAACCAUCUAAACUAAAGACACCAAAACAAACAAGAAGAAAUGGCUAGCUCCGAAGCUCUCCUCUUGCCCGUAACCUACCCACAAGAUCCACUAUCCAAAUCAAGAUCCAACCCGAUCCCCGAGACCAGCCGGAGAAGACCCAUCAAAGUACUUAUCGCUGUCUUUUCCAGUUUGAUCUUGAUAGCUUUGUACGUUGCUCUCACCGACACACACGAAGGUUCCAAUGAUGAAACAGCGACGGAGUCACGUGCUAGUUUGGCCGGUGUAUCGGAGAAGGACAACGAACGGUUUUGGAAAGUUUCUGGUCGGAAAAGGGAAACGUUCCCGUGGAAUGAUACUAUGUUGUCGUGGCAACACACGGUGUUUCAUUUCCAGCCUGAGAAACAUUGGAUGAACGAUCCUAAUGGUCCGUUGUUCUAUAAGGGAUGGUACCAUUUCUUCUACCAACACAACCCAUAUGGAACCGUAUGGGGUAACAUUGUUUGGGGUCACGCCGUGUCAAAGGACCUUAUUCACUGGCUUUACCUCCCAAUAGCCAUGGUUCCUGACCAAUGGUACGACGUUAACGGCGUUAUAACCGGUUCAGCCACUUUCCUUGACGAUGGCUCCAUUGUCAUGCUCUACACCGGUAUCACGGGCGAAUUUGUACAGGUUCAAAACCUUGCUUAUCCCGAGGACCCUAGCGACCCCCUUUUGUUGAAAUGGGUCAAGUUCUCCGGCAACCCGAUUCUGUUACCUCCUCCAGGUAUUGGCGCAAAGGACUUCCGUGACCCGACAACGGCAUGGAAGACAUCAUCCGGAAAAUGGCGGAUCGCCAUCGGCUCCAAAAUCAAUAGAACUGGAGUGUCUCUUCUUUACGACACUACAGAUUUCAAAACCUACGAGCUACUUGAUACCUUGCUGCACCAAGUCUCCAACACCGGAGAGUGGGAGUGCGUUGAUUUUUACCCGGUGUCGAAGACUGAAGUCAUUGGGCUUGACACUUCAGUCAAGGGACCAGACGUGAAGCAUGUCGUGAAGGCUAGCAUGGACGAUACUAGAAUGGACCUUUAUGCCAUUGGAACGUAUUUUGAUUCAAACGCUACAUGGAUCCCUGAU